AUGGAGAAAGUCCACGGCAGGAUGCUCGAAUCCGUGGGCGACAUAAUCGAUUUCAACAAUAUGAAACUCCCCGACGAGGACUACACAGGCGCCGGGCAGGAUUGCCAAGAAAGCGACGGUUCGGUGUUCCGAGACUGCGCCAACCUGUCGGACGGUCCUCAAGAAGAGCAACAGGGGGCGGCUCCGUACGAGCGUGGAAGUGACAUUUUAAAGUGGGAGCACUUCGUCAAAGACAACGCGGUCGGUUCCAGCCUGUCGUCCAAGUUCAUUAAAGACGAGCAGGAGGCGUCGGUCAUCAUGGACGCUCCGUGUCCAGCUUUUGACGCCCUGGACAGUUGCUCCCAAGUCGUCCAAAAGCAGCCGCACUUCGGCUUCGGAGAGCCGGAGUGCGCGCGCUUCGCUCCGGUGGGUCCUCGCCCGGCGCAGGAGGCUUCGCCGAACUUCCUGGUGCAUAUGAGCCCCGCGGAGCAGAUGGGUCAUGGGCAGCCAAGGGUCGAGGCCCGCGGGUCCACCUUAGCCGGGAAGGGCGCCGCCUACCACCUGGACGCCAGUGCACCGUCACCGGUUCAUCUGGCCGUGUACAAGAGCGAGGUGGGCCGCUGGCAGGUACCUGCCGCUGCGCCCGGAGAGGCGCAGUUCUGGUGCCAACCGGCCGGGGUGACGGAGGACCCGUUCGGCUAUAACGGGAUGCACAGCCAGGCUGUCGUCGCGCGGAACCAGACGACCUUUAACGCCUUUGCGGGUUUACCUCCUCAAAGGGCCUGCGUGAUUUGCGGCGACGAGGCAUCCGGUUGCCACUACGGCGUUCUAACAUGUGGCAGCUGCAAAGUCUUUUUUAAAAGAGCAGUAGAAGGCCAUCACAGCUACUUGUGUGCCGGGCGGAAUGAUUGCAUCGUGGACAAGAUCCGGAGGAAAAACUGCCCGGCGUGUCGCCUGCGCAAGUGCUAUCAAGCGGGGAUGAUGCUAGGAGGCAGGAAACUGAAACGCUUCGGGGCCCUGAAGGCACUAGGCUUGUCGGCGUCCGCAGUCUUCCCACCGCACUUGUCAGUGUCUGCGGACGGCCAAGCCCUCGGCACGGCGGCAGGUGUUCCCGGCGUGCAGGAGAUGACAUUUUCGCAGCAGAUCAUCAACAUCUUGGAGAACAUUGAACCCGAGACUGUCUUCUCGGGCUAUGACGGCGCCCAGGCUGAUGUGCCACAUCUACUGCUCACCAGCCUCAAUAGGCUGUGCGAAAAGCAACUGCGGUGGAUCGUUAAAUGGUCCAAGUCUCUGCCGGGCUUUCGUAAUCUUCACAUCACCGACCAGAUGACGCUCAUCCAGUACUCGUGGAUGAACCUGAUGGUGUUUUCUCUCGGCUGGCGGUCCUUUAAGAACGUCACCAGGGAAUAUAUGUACUUUGCGCCCGACCUCGUUCUAAGUUUGGAACAAAUGAGGAGAUCCCCAAUUUACGACUUGUGCCUGGCCAUCCAAUUCAUCCCGCAGGAGUUCGCCAACCUGCAAGUGACUCGUGAGGAGUUCCUCUGCAUGAAGGCCAUCAUUUUGCUCAACACAGUGCCUUUGGAGGGUUUAAAAAGCCAGGGGGCGUUCGAGGAGAUGCGUCAGAAUUACAUCCGUGAGCUGACCAAGGCCAUCCAUGUGAAGGAGAAGGGAGUGUUGGCCAGCUCGCAGCGCUUCUACCAUCUCACCAAGCUCAUGGACGCCAUGCACGAAAUAGUGAAGAAGGUCAACCUGUUCUGCCUGAGCACGUUUAUCCAAGCUGACGCCAUGAAAGUGGAAUUUCCCGAAAUGAUGACCGAGGUGAUCGCCUCGCAGCUGCCCAAAGUCCUGGCGGGCAUGGUGAGGCCGCUGCUCUUCCACCCCAAGUGA